UCACACUCGAAAAAGAACACCCUCCCCCAAAUUCAGGAGGGGUUCUUCUUCUUCUUCUUCUUCUUCUUCUUCUUCUUCUUCUUCUUCUUCUUCUUCUUACAAAACACCCGAACAACACGAACCGUACACACAAGAUGGAUGAUUAUACCAGAGAAAUGAUGGACCUCAAGACCCUUGUCACUCGAACCCUUGAAAAGAAAGGGGUUCUUGCCAAGAUCAGAGCUGAGCUUAGAGCAAGUGUGUUUGAAGCAAUAGAGGAAGAGGAUAAGGUGAUUGAAAAGGAUGAAGGCUUGCCUCCUGCGCUUUUGGGGAGUUGCAACGACCGUGCAAGGCAGCUUCACGCUUCUCCAACUGGUCGGCUAUUGACGGCUCUAAUAUGUGAAUACCUGGAAUGGGCACAACUUAACCACACACUAAAAGUUUAUUUGCCAGAGUGUAAUUUGCAAAAGGAUGAUUGGAAAGCCGAAUUAAAAGGCUUAAGUAAUAAAUAUGGGUAUGACGCAAACCAAAACGGAGAUAGUGGUCCAUUGCUGUUGGAUGUACUUGCAGGGUUCUUGAAGGUUGAGAGUCAACCUCAAGGAAGAAGUAAUGGAAGGAGAUUAGUCACGCCCGAGCAGGACUCUUUGACCAACUUUGACUCACGGAAUCGAAGGUCAUCUUCAUCGUCUGUUAUUGGGGGCUUGCCUCCUCUCGGAAGGCAAAUCCCUUCUUCCCAGGCAUCUGAUCGAAGAGGCGGAUCCUCAAAUUCGGGCUACAGAAAAGAUGACUACAAUCGAAGAUACGAUAAUGAUGAUAUCCAAGACGAUAUGAUGCGUACAUCAACUGCCUUCGAAAACCUUCAGUUGGAUAGAAAGGCGCGUAAUUUAACAAGCUCUUGGCGGCAUGGAGGAGAUGGCAGCAGUGAAGAAGAUGGCAGGGUAGACCAUAUGUAACUUCAGUGGCUUUGACUUGAGUAUGUAGUCAACUUUGUGCUAUGUUUGUUGUUUAAAAGAUUUGGGAUUUGACCCUUUUGCCCUUUUUGGGCAUGAAUGUUAAUGUUCAUUUUAAUUUCUUUGGGUGAUUGUUUUUUUAUUUUUA